UUCUUACUUGAGGCUGUUAAAAAAGAGGCAGCAGAGAGUGGGGCUGGGUCUGAUUGCUGCUCUGAGCAGGAAAAACUCAGUCUGUCUUCAUGGUGCAGCAAUAACCUGGACUCUUUUUUCCUUCCUAUUCCCGGUUACUUUGCACACAACAACAGCUCAUGUCUUUGAUAUGGGCAUGAUGAUCUUUCAGCCUUAUCGGACUGUCCUGUUUCUGGCUUUAUCUGUGGCUUUUUUACAAUUUGUGAAAUGCCAAGACGACAGUGAGGAUGAGUUGAGCUGUACAGAGAACGGACAGGUGUACACAAACAGAGACAUCUGGAAACCUGAACCAUGCAGGAUCUGUGUUUGUGACAGCGGAACCAUCUUGUGCGAUGAGGUGCAAUGUGAUGAAGUGUCUAACUGUGCAAAGGUAGUAAUCCCACAAGGAGAGUGCUGUCCUAUUUGCCAGAGUGACACAACACACAGCAGUGGUAAUGGCAGACCAGCGGGCAGAAUUGCCAAGGGUCAGAAAGGAGAACCUGGAGAUGUCCCAACUGUUAUUGGAAUAAGAGGUCGUCCCGGACCAAUGGGGCCUCCAGGAGCUGCAGGGUACAGAGGAGACAGCGGAUCCAAAGGUCGACCUGGUCUCAGGGGUCCCCCAGGAUAUGACGGAGAGCCUGGUAUUCCAGGACAGCCAGGAGAGCCAGGGCCCCCAGGACAUACCCCAGGAGGUGAGUUGUCUUCACAUAUGGCCGGAGGAUUUGCUGACAAAACAGGAGCCCAGCAUGCCAUGAUGCCUGGAGUUCGGGGGGAGGCAGGAACAAGGGGACCGCCUGGGCCAAAUGGAGCACCAGGGGCGUCAGGACCACAGGGACCUCCUGGUGAUGUAGGAGAGCCAGGGCCAAUGGGUGGUGCUGGCCAGAGAGGACCAGAGGGUCCUUUAGGGAAGCCUGGUGAAGAUGGAGAAGCAGGGACUUCAGGAAGUUCAGGAGAAAUGGGAUUUCCAGGAUCUUCUGGAGCAAGAGGAUUUCCAGGGACGCCAGGGCCACCAGGCUUAAAGGGCCUCAGAGGGCACCAAGGUCUAGCUGGACUUAAAGGAGAACGUGGAGCUGUGGGAUCAAAGGGUGAAUCUGGUGGACCUGGUGCAAUGGGUGCCCCUGGUCCUAUGGGACCCAGGGGAAUGCCAGGAGAAAGAGGACGCCCAGGCCCAAGUGGCACAACGGGUAUGCGUGGUGCUCAAGGAAAUGUUGGAAAACCAGGUCCAAUGGGUCCUUUGGGAAUUAAUGGUGCCCCAGGGUAUCCUGGAGCCCCAGGCAUGAAGGGUCAACCAGGACCUACAGGUGUGAGGGGACCAGAGGGGCCACAGGGACAAAGAGGAGAGACAGGACAUCUAGGCAGACAUGGACCACCGGGACAACAAGGGCCUAUGGGCACUGACGGUGGUCCAGGUUCCAAAGGCCCAGUGGGAGCUCCUGGUCCUCAGGGUCCUGUUGGUCUGCUGGGCCCAACUGGCCCACCAGGACCUCAGGGAAGCACUGGACAGCCUGGGAUCAAGGGUCAAGGGGGAGAUGUAGGUGUUUCUGGAUUUAAAGGAGAAGCUGGACCUAAAGGAGAACCUGGUCCACCGGGAGCCCAGGGAGUAAUCGGACCUCAGGGAGAAGAGGGAAAACGCGGACUCAGAGGGGAUCCAGGUUCUGUUGGCCCACUCGGCCCUGUUGGUGAGAGAGGGGCACCUGGAAACCGAGGCUUCCCUGGUCAAGAUGGCUUACCGGGUCCAAAGGGUGCACAAGGUGACCGUGGAAUUACAGGAACUCCUGGUCCUAAAAGCUCUACUGGCGAUCCAGGGAGAACAGGUGAACCAGGUCUACCUGGCGCAAGGGGUUUGACAGGUACACCUGGAGUUCAGGGUGCCGAAGGAAAGCCAGGACCACUGGGUGCUCCAGGUGAGGACGGGCGCCCAGGGCCUGCAGGGUCACCUGGAACAAAAGGCCCUCCUGGAACUAUGGGAUCAAUAGGCCCAAAGGGUUUUAGUGGGGAUCCAGGAAAGCCAGGUGAGCAGGGAUCUGCAGGAGUUCCUGGGCAAAGGGGACCACCAGGCAAAGAUGGAGAAGUAGGCCCAGCUGGUCCACCAGGUCCACAUGGUCCAGCAGGUGAGAGAGGCGAACAGGGACCUCCUGGAAUGCAUGGCUUCCAGGGUAGCCCUGGGCCUCCUGGCACAGUAGGUGAUCUAGGCCCUCCCGGUUUGCAGGGAAUGCCAGGUGAAAGAGGGAUAUCUGGCCCACCUGGUCCAAAAGGAGAGAGAGGAGCUAUUGGUGAGAAGGGGUCAGAGGGCACUCCUGGAAGUGACGGUGCAAGGGGUUUGACAGGCCCAAUUGGCCCUGCAGGACCUGCUGGUCCAAGUGGUGAGAAGGGAGAACCAGGCCCUAAGGGACCACCUGGACCUCCAGGAUCAAGAGCAAUGCCAGGAUCCCGUGGUGAACCUGGGCCAAUAGGUGCUGUAGGCUUUGUUGGACCAGCGGGUAUUGAUGGUCAGCCUGGUGUGAAAGGACCACCUGGGGAGCCUGGACAAAAGGGUGAUGCUGGAUCUCCUGGCCCUCAAGGAUUGGCUGGUCCUCCAGGGCCACAGGGUAAUAUUGGUGUGGCUGGACCAAAGGGUGGUAGAGGAACACAGGGGGCACCUGGCCCAACAGGUUUCCCUGGAUCUGCUGGAAGAGUUGGCCCACCUGGUCCAACGGGUCCUAUUGGUGAACCAGGUCCACUUGGUCUUCCUGGAAAAGAGGGUCCUCCUGGUCUUCGAGGAGACCAUGGACCCCCAGGACGCCAGGGAGAGAGAGGUCUCCCUGGGCCUGCUGGAAGCCCUGGAGACAAAGGAGAUUCUGGAGAAGAUGGACCACCAGGACCUGAUGGUCCGCCAGGUCCUGCUGGAACAACGGGGCAAAGAGGAAUUGUAGGCCUUCCUGGUCAAAGAGGAGAACGUGGAAUGCCAGGACUCCCUGGGCCAGCUGGUCCUCCAGGAAAACAGGGCACAUCAGGAGCCCCAGGAGACAAAGGACCUCCUGGCUCAGUUGGAUUGCCUGGUGCUAAUGGACCUCGGGGGGAUCCUGGACCUGAUGGACCUGCUGGGUCUGAUGGCCCACCAGGAAAGGAAGGUGUCAUAGGAGCCCAGGGAGAUCGAGGAGAUCCAGGCCCAGAGGGUGCGACUGGAUCUACAGGACCACCUGGUUCCCCCGGUCCUGUCGGUGCAACUGGAGGAAUUGGAAAGAGAGGAGAGCCUGGUUCAAAAGGACCUUCUGGCCCUCCAGGUUCUGCUGGAAAACGAGGACUCAUAGGACCGCAAGGACCAAGAGGAGAUAAGGGAGAUGUGGGUGACCAUGGAGAGAGAGGACAGAAGGGUCAUAGAGGAUUUGCAGGCUUACAAGGUCUUCCUGGACCACCUGGCACAACUGGAGAACAGGGAGCUCCAGGCAUCUUUGGUCCAAGUGGACAAAGGGGACCUCCUGGGCCCAUUGGGCCGCCAGGAAAGGAAGGGUACAUUGGACAGCCUGGACCUAUGGGACCUCCUGGUUCAAGAGGAUUUAGUGGUGAUAUUGGACCAGAGGGACCUCCCGGAGAACCUGGCCAACGUGGCCCCCCUGGACCUCCUGGACCUCCCACUGCAGCUUUGGAAGAUCUGUUUGGUGGGCCUCAAGAUUAUGAUGCUGGUCCUCCUCCCCCAGAGUUCAGUAAGGAUGAGGGUCUUCCCAAGAGUAACUCAACAAGCGUGUUCCAAGCUGAUCCUGGAGUUCAGGCUACUUUGAAGGCUCUGAACAGCCAGAUUGACAGCAUGCGUAGCCCUGAUGGUAGUAGAAAGCAUCCUGCCAGAACUUGUGAGGACUUGAGACAAUGCUACCCUCAAAAAAAGAGUGGUGAAUACUGGGUGGAUCCAAACCAGGGCAGUGCAGAGGAUGCCAUUAAAAUUCAUUGCAAUAUGGACACUGGAGAGACAUGCAUCUCCGCAAUACCCUCCAGCAUCCCCCGGAAGUCAUGGUGGAGUUCCCCAGGAAGUAAACCUGUGUGGUUUGGAGCCAAUAUGAAUGGUGGAACAUAUUUCACUUACGGGAAUAAAGACCAGCCGGCCAACACUGUCACAGUUCAGAUGACUUUCAUCCGUCUGCUCUCCAAAGAGGCAUCACAAACCAUCACUUACCACUGCAAGAACACUGUGGGCUACAAGGAUGAAUCAGCUGGAAACCUCAAGAAAGCAGUCAUCCUCAAAGCUUCAAAUGAUCUUGAGCUCAAAGCUGAGGGAAAUAACCGCUUUAGAUACACUGUCCUUGAGGACAGCUGCUCACAAGCAAAUGGUAGGUGGGGCAAGACCGUGUUUGAAUACAGGACGCAGAAAACAGCAAGACUACCUAUUGUGGAUAUUGCACCUGUGGACAUUGGAGGUUCAGAUCAGGAGUUUGGCAUUGAUAUUGGGCCUGUGUGCUUCUUGUGAAUCAAGGAAUAGCCAUGAAUUGAAGAGAUUCCUGAGACUGUUAACGUGACUGCUGACAAGAUCAGCCUUGUACAUACAGAGCAUGGGACUUUUCUGGCCCUGUAGCGAAAUAUUUAUUGUGCCUUCCAAGCGUUUCAAGAAAACAACCGCUCCAUACGUUUUUUACAGAUUGAUCCCUUGAAAUUAGAAAUUCAAUUUAACUGAAUUUUUAUACUACAAGACUAUUCAUCAACUGCUGUUUUAAAUUGAGAUGGCAAUUGCAAAUAACACCGUAAUGAUGUUACACACUGUACCAACACUUAAAACGAUUUGGAUUUGCCUGUUUUCCUUACAGUAUGUUUAAUGUAUUAUUAUUUUUACACAAAAAUGGUGCUAUAGAGGAAGUUUGCAUUCAGUUGAGUGUAUUUUGACUCCUAAAACUGUACUCUUGUAGAUUCACUUUGUAAUUACUUUCAAACCUAACUUACAAUUAAAGAUGAAAACGGUGAUUCAUUAGUGCAAGCUACCUCGUUUCUAUAAACCGGCAAAAGCUGACAACAGACUCGCUGUACGUGAAUCCUGAUAAAGAGCUGUACGACUGAUUGUAUUUCUCUCAUCAAAAGGUACAAUACAGAGUAAGGAAAUGCAAAUAAAAUGAAAUGCAUCUGA